AUGAUCCACUCCCUCGUUAUUGGAUUGACUCUGGCCAUCACAUCUGGAUCAGAUUUUGCUUCGUUGACAACUGCAAUCAUCUUCCACCAGCUUUUCGAAGGGCUCUCACUAGGGAUUCGUAUCGCAGCUCUUUCCCGAAAAGAUAAUAAAGCAGACGAUGAAGAGACAGGGUCAAGUAAAUCGUCUCCAACAAUACGUAUGGCACAGCCUUCAAGUACUACAAUCGACGACGAAGAAGCCGCGAAGCCACAGUGCAGAAAGCUAAGUCCAGCAAAACAAACUUCAAAGAUCAGCCCGUUUGCAGCCUGGCUUCACCACCACCACCACCAUCAUCAGAACCACCAUGAAGGGUCGGAUUCAACGUUGUGGGAACGGGAUUCGAGUUCACCAGGGGACACAAAAGAGCCAACUCGGGGAAUCGACUGGCUCAAAUUGACCCUCUCGCUUCUCUUCACCAUCACGAUCCCUUUAGGCAUGGGGGUAGGCAUGGUUGUCUGA